AUGAGCGCUCCUAACCACAAUCACUCCAAUAGUGUUGAGAAGGACCACAAGGACUCCAAAGAAGUCUCGGUCCACCAAGUGAGUCUGUCGUCGUCGCUGUCGAGUGGUGCCCAGUCUGGAACCGAGUCUUUCCCCGAGGUCGUUGCCUACAACGAGCAAGUGCCCAUCUCACACGUCGCUGAUGACGCAAUCUCCAGAGAGUUAUCGAGAAUUAAAUCGUAUGCCUCGGCGGCUACCCAGGGUCGUCCUAACGAAGAAGAUAUUGGUACUGGUGCCGAAAAAGAGUCAGACGCUCAGUCGGUUUACAGUAUCUCGAAAGACCCCAAGUUCGAUCGUUUCUCGCUGAAAAAGAAAGGCUUCUUUGUAUUCAUCGUUUCUGCUGCAUGCUUCUUGUCUCCAUUGUCCGGUCUCGCUUUCUUGCCAGCCGUGCCUGAGAUUGCCGAGCGUUUCAACACCACCGGUGAGGUGAUUAACAUCUCCGCUGCUGUUUACUGUGUUUUUAUGUCCUUGUCACCAUGUAUCUUCUCGCCAAUCUCAGACAUUUACGGAAGAAGAUUUUGUUUUAUCAGCUGCUGCAUUGCCUACUGUGUGUGCACUGUGUUGGUUGCAGUGUCAGUCAACUUGGCCAUGUUCUAUAUUUUCAGAGCUUUGACUGCCCUUUUCGCUACCGCCUUUUUCAGUGUCGGUGCUCACAUUAUUGGAGACUGCUAUAUUCCAAGUGAGCGUGGUCGCCAAAUGUCCUGGAUUGUUACUGGUGCUCAAACCGGUACUUCUAUCGGCGGUGUCAUUGGUGGUAUUAUUGUAAACUGGACUUCAUGGAGAGUGAUUUUCUGGGUCAUGGCCGGCUUGGGCGGUGUCAUCCUUGCACUUGGCAUCUUCUUGCUUCCGGAAACAUCCUAUAAAACCAAGCACUCUAUUCUUCUCGAGGAGGCCCGCAAGGUGGAGCCCAACAAAAAAUUCGUUUUUGUUUGGUUCAACCCUCUUCGUAUCGUGGGAGCCUUGAAGUACCCUACUUUGUCGCUUGAUGGAUUCAUUGUUAUUGCUAUGGUGUACAACAUGUACUCGUUGCUCACACCCAUUCGUUAUGUGUUGAACCCGAGAUUUGACUUGGAGCUGCCUUUGUACUCUGGUUUGUUCUACUUGGCACCUGGUGUGGGUUACUUGAUCGGCUCUUUCUUCGGUGGGCGCCUUGCAGACAGUACUGUUAAGAAGUGGAUCAAGAAGAGAGGCAGAAGAGUGCCCGAGGACAGACUCAGACAGAUGGUGAUGUCCUUGACGUUCUAUUACCCCGGCUGCAUUCUCAUCUACGGCUGGACCGUUGAUAAAGCUGUUGGAGGUAUGGCUGUGCCAAUCAUUUUCAUGUUCCUCAGUGGUCUCGCUCAGACGAUUGCUUUCCCUGCCAGUAACACAUACUGUGUGGAUUCAGUCCCAGAGCUCCACGGUGAUGGUGUCGCAUCUUCCUACUUUUCCAGAUACUUGGCCGCUGCUGUUGCUUCCGGUACCUGUUUGAGAAGUAUCGAGAACAUUGGUGUCGGCUGGACCUGUACCAUCAGUGCUUUUGUAUUGUUUGCUGCUCUGGGAUGCAACUUUAUUCUUAUUUUCUACGGAGAGACCAUGAGAAUGAAGUCUUUGGUGAAGUAUGGUCACCGUACUCAAGAAGAGCUCGAUAAGGUCAUCGAAUUGCAAAAGGACGAGCCAAAGUGGUAA